AUGCCUGGAGACAUGAAUGAUCUCCGACAUCGAGCAGAAAAAUACAUGCAAAUGGAGGAGUUGGCCAAAACAAGAAAUCAGGCUAGGGCUGACGAAGGUUAUAGUCAAAGAGACUAUGGUCGAGAGCCAGUUAAAAAGAGGAAUAUCGAGCAGCUAAGUACUCGUCCCUCGCGCGGACCACGUCACACAACAUAUAUGCCUCUCAAUGAGAGUAGGACCAAAAUAUUGGAGCAGGCUCUAGCCUCCAAGAUCCUCAUUGUACCGAAGCGGGCGAACACCCCUCUUAGGACGGACAAAGCGAAGACGUGUCGGUACCACUAUAACAGAGGGCACUACCCCGAGGAAUGCCCAGCACUUAAAGACAAAUUGGAGGAUCUUAUCAAACAAGGUCACUUGAGAAGUUUUGUCAACCGUCGAGACUACGCUUCGACGUUAGACCACCGCCAAGUAUUGAAAGAAAGGUCCUACCACCCUCAUGAAGUACGGCACGUGAGGGACCAUAGAGGUCGUUCUUGCUCCGACGAACAGAGGGAUCAUUCUAGGGAAGGUAAUGAGCAACCAAGAAAGGUGAUAAACAUUAUAGCAAGAGGUUUCGCAGGAGAAGGAGCCAUCUCAUUGGCACGGAAAAGGCACCUUCGAGCCAUACGUUUGGUAAAUAUUUUCGAGCACCCGAAGACAUCCCGGAUGCCGCCCAUAACAUUCUCUUAUCGCAAUUUAUGCGGGGUCGACCCCAUUCAGGACGAUCCCAUGGUGAUUUCUGUCGAAGUGCACAAUUGUAUUCUAAAGAAGACUAUAAUCGAUCAAGGAAGUUCAGCGGAUAUAUUAUAUUGGAAUACCUUCGUGCAAAUGGGGAUCCCAAAGGAAAGCAUAUCACCUUAUACUAAACUGCUGGUAGGAUUUUCAGGGGAAAGGGUAAUGACGAGAGGGUGCAUAGAAGAGGAAGGUCGCGACCAAUUGCCCAAAAGAAAAGAAAAAUGGGCGACAAAAAGAGGAAGGUCGCGAAGUAAAAGGUACAAAAGUUGUUGCAAGCUAACUUCAUAA